CGUAACGUCGAUGAUUAUUUUAGGAAACGGGUGGCAACGGAUGUCUCCGAGUCAAUAAAACUCUCCGGCAACCAUUACCCAGACAUCAAACAGCUCAAGGCUGAACAUCGACAAAUCGAGUCAUGGCUAGUUCAAACGAAUGCUCAGGACAACCCCAACUCACAAAACAUGAUACGGGCUGGAGGAGGGUGGUUCGCAAUUUCACCCCUUCGUGGUUUUCGGUCACGAUGGGCACAGGCAUUGUUUCAAUCCUGCUAAAUACCCUGCCCUAUAACGGCGAAUGGCUCUACUGGAUUUCUGUUGUGGUCUUUGCCUUCAACGUUCUUCUCUUCGCGAUAGGAUGUGUCAUCACCAUCCUCCGGUACUCGUUGUACCCGGAAAUUUUCACUGUAAUGAUUACCCAUCCGGUUCAAUCUAUGUUCCUUGGGACAUUCCCCAUGGGCUUUGCCACGAUUGUUAAUAUGUUUUGCUUCGUCUGCGUCCCAGCUUGGGGGGAAUGGGCCAAGAACUUCGCCUGGGGGAUGUGGAUAUUUGACGCCAUUCUCUCAGUCAUUACCGCUCUCUCACUGCCAUUUUUAUUGAUGUCCCAUGGAGGCGAAACGCAACUCUCAUCCAUGACCGCGGUUUGGCUCCUCCCCAUUGUCAGCUGCGUCGUUGCCGGGUCUUCCGGCGGCAUCGUGGCGGGUGUUCUCUCCAAUCCGCAACAUGCGCUAUGGACUGUGAUCGUUUCGUAUGUGUUGUGGGGAAUUGGGCUUCCACUGGCCAUGAUGGUCAUGGUGAUCUACCUACAACGACUGACUCUGCACAAGAUUCCGCCCAAAGCGGUGAUCGUCAGCGUUUUCUUGCCUCUGGGCCCAUUGAGUCAAGGCAGUUUUGGGAUCUUGAAACUGGGUAAGGUGGCGCAGACAAUUCUCCCUGAAACACACACACUUCAAGCAUCAUCCGGCGAUGUCUUCUACACAGUAGGCUUCCUGGUCGCCUUGAUUCUCUGGGCUUUCGCACUUGUCUGGCUCUUUUUUGCCCUGGCAUCCAUUGUUCGAUGCAAGAGCUUUCCGUUCAACAUUGGAUGGUGGGGGUUCACAUUUCCCCUGGGUGUCUUCGCCACCUGUACCUGUGAAAUGGGCACAGAGUUGCCGUCGGAGUUCUUUAGAAUCCUUGGGACAAUUGUCUCGCUUUGCGUGGUUGUAUUAUGGGUUGUUGUGACUGUUGGGACGCUCAACGGCGUGGUAUCUGGACAGUUGUUUGUCGCGCCGUGUUUGGCGAACUUGAAAAUCAAGGACGAGGACAAAGACGCGACCAAAGCUGCGUAACAGAUCGGUACUGUAGUGUACAGCACAUUGUUGUGGGUUGGCUGUAGUUUUUUUUUUUAUUUAUUUUAUAUUUUUUUUGACACGCGAUUAGGGUUAUUCUUUACACUUUUUCUAAUUGUAUGGUUGGUAGAAAAGAAUAUUUGGAAAAAUAUAUAUAAUUUAAUGAAUUAUUGCUAUUGCA